AUACACAACGACGUAAAUUUUCAAACAUUUGUAAAUACUAUUGUGCAAAAUAAUAAUAAGUAUAUUUUAUUAUUACGUGUUUUUAAAUUUUAAAUGGAAAUUAAUACUACAUCCUUAUUGCCCUACGUGCUGGAUCUGCUGAGUCGUCAGCCCGAUUUAUGCACAUCGAUAGAUGCGUUGUGCGAACAGAUACAGGAUGUGGUAAUGGACGAUAUUAUUAGUCCCUUUGGCAAUCUCAAGCGAGCUGUCGAGUUCUCGGUGGAGCUUGGCAUGAAUCUCGGCCUGCUCCUGUUGAGCGAUAAGCGCGUCCGCAUGCCCUUCAACUUCCGCACCAGGAACGACAACAAGCCGGCACAGGCAGCAAAGGCCAAAGAUCUAUUGUCGCCGGACCAGGGCAGACAUGUCAUCAAACGCCUGGCCAAAACUCUAAAGGACUCGCGAAGUGCCCUGAGUAAGCCAAAGAGCACCGUCAAGGCUCGAGCAAAAGGUCAUCCAACAACCGGGUUCAAAUGUAAGCGUGGAUGCCCGAAUGCCAGCAAAAAGCGUCGAUCAACCAAAAAGCAGGGCAUGCGUUUGCGUAAAAGUGCCGGACGCAAUCCCACGGAUCGUCACACGGCCGGAACUCGCAGUCGCCGUUAUUAAAGUUGAAAAUUUAGUCUGAA